CUCUGUUGACAGUAAUAAUGAAGCUUUGUCAAUCCCUAAUGGACAUGGAAAUGCCAGAUUACACCGAGUCUCUCGACUCUUCGUACACCAUGCUGGAGUUUGAAAACCUCCGGGUGCUGCCCACAAACUCAUCAGAAGCCAUUGCUUCAGAGUCACCCAACGGCAGCUUGCUUGCGAAUGGGAUUAGCUCGCUGUGCGCCAUCUGCGGAGACCGCGCCACUGGGAAACAUUACGGCGCCUCCAGCUGCGACGGCUGCAAAGGGUUCUUCCGAAGAAGUGUCCGAAAGAAUCACGUCUAUUCGUGCAGGUUCAGCCGACAGUGCGUGAUAGACAAGGACAAAAGGAAUCAGUGUCGAUACUGCCGGCUAAAGAAAUGCUUCCGGGCAGGAAUGAAGAAAGAAGCUGUGCAGAACGAGCGCGACAGAAUAAGCAUCCGCCGAAGCAGCUAUGAAGACAAUGGGGCUUUGUCUAUCACCGUGUUGACCCAAGCGGAGGCGAUGGCCCACCAAUAUUCGGCUCUUCGCCCAGUACAUAGUGCCGAUAUCGCCAUGAAGAAGAUCGCAACAAUCAACGACGUGUGUGAAUCCAUGAAACAGCAGCUCUUGGUCCUUGUCGAAUGGGCGAAAUACAUCCCAGCAUUCUGUGAACUUCCACUGGACGACCAGGUUGCCUUGCUGAGAGCCCACGCCGGGGAACACUUGCUGUUGGGAGUGGCAAAACGUUCUAUACCGUACACUGAUUUUCUGUUAUUAGGAAAUGACUUCAUCAUCCCAAUGCAGUGCCCGGAGCUAGAAAUCGCCCGGGUGGCCAUUCGGAUCCUGGAUGAGCUUGUGAAGCCCUUGCGAGAAAUUCAGAUUGACGACAAUGAAUAUGCAUGCCUCAAAGCGAUUAUAUUCUUUGACCCAGAUUGCAAAGGCCUAAGUGAGUCCGGGAAGGUGAAGAACAUGCGUUUCCAAGUGCAGGUGAACCUGGAAGAUUACAUCAACGACCGGCAGUAUGAUUCGCGAGGGCGAUUCAGUGACAUCCUCCUCCUCCUGCCCCCACUCCAAAGCAUCACCUGGCAGAUGAUCGAGCAGAUCCAGUUUGUCAAGCUCUUUGGAAUGGCACGGAUCGACAGCUUGCUGCAAGAAAUGCUACUGGGAGGAACUACCAUGGAUGUUCCGCAAUACCAAUCGGGGCCUUCCGGCCUUAACGUUGAGCCUCUUCCAGGUCAUAUCGUGUUACCCAGCAGCAUCGGCUCCGUAAUUCACACCAUCUCAGUCCCAUCUCCUGAAACGUCCCUUCCUUCUCCUUCCACCAGCACCGGAAGUGAAGAUUACAAGCUAGGCCCCAGCCACAGCUCGGAGGCAGCUCCGACACUUAUGCCGCAGGCAAUUAUACCCAAACAGGAGAUUCUAUAA